UCUUCAGCAGCAGCCAUGCAGCGAUUUUGUGGUCGCCCAGUGCUGCCAAAACUCUUGUUCCUUUGCCCAUGGCUGGCGACCAUGGCAUUUCUGGUGCCUCGUCCCGUACCUCCGGCACGUGGAAUGGCCAGAAUGGCCAGAAUGGCCAGGUCCGGAGGCGAGGUGGCUGAGAUGGUCUCUGCCAGCGAUGUCUCGUCGAAAGCCUCGUUCCGGAACGCCACGGAAGAGGAUCGUCGAAAUGCGGAAACUGCAUAUGAGAUUUGGAAGGAUCAAUUUCCAUUAGCAGCGGCACGCCGCGAAUACUAUGGUCUGGACUGCACCACAUUGGCGGUGCAAGAUCGACUUCUGCAUCUCUCGCAGUUGCUGGGCAUCUCUUCCAAAGAUACCCUGGAGACAUUCAGAAAGGACUUCUGGGUCCUGAGUGAGAGGAGUGAAUCGCUUCCAGCGAAGCUCGAGGCCCUGCGGAGCUGUGGCACCAACCAGGAGGUCCUGGACUUUCUUCGCUGGGCCCCUCGGUCCAUCGCCACUACCAGUGCUGAGGAAAUCCAAGAACGGGGCCUUGCCAACAUGCUGCUGCGAUCCUUUGUCGGAGAGGUGUGGGAGUUGUUUGCCUCACCUUUGAGGAUCCUCGUCAAGCUCCAGUUGGCCCGUAGCGCUGAAGAGGUGGAGCAAGAACGGGCCAAUGAGUCCGGCAUGAGCAAUGAAGAAUUGCUGAAGAAGGAACAGGCCCGCAAUAGAGGCCGCCUGAGGAGCACGGCCUAUGCCUUCUUUGCCACCUUGAUUGGUACCAUGUCUUGGGCGAGCUACAUGGAUGCGACCUAUGGUGGACCGGUGCACGGCAAGGGCUUCUGUUUUCCUGCUGGCAUCAUGCCUGCGUACAACCUCCCGGAUGCCGAGGGGAACGCGCGUCUGCCGUGUAACUGCGCCCCACUCUACAAGUGGUACCUGGAGCCCUUAAUGAGCUCGGAGCAGAAGGAUUCCAUGUUGGGUGCUGCUCCAAAGGUCGACAGCAAGAAUUGUGGUCGCCUCAUGGGCGGCGUUAAGAAAGACUGUGAUCCAAGGACAGUGGGUGGCUGCGUUUGGUCAGCUGAAGAUCUGGAGAAAGAUCCGAGUGCUUGGGAACACCGCGAGGAGUUGUAUUGGGAGAGGCAAAGGUAGCUCGGCAGAGGAAUCACUGAAAGCUGGCCCGAGCUCCGCAAAGGACCUCUGACAGAUUCGGAGGAGUUACGUUCCCUGAAUUAGGGAUGCUCUCGACGGGACAAGCUCCCUGAUCGCAGUGAAAGAUGGGCUGAG